AUUGGCCGUAAUUGUCAUCAGAUUCAACGUUACAUCUGCAUGCGCCGGCUACAUUAUUGAGAGGAUUACUUCGUACCUCUCUGGUGACAGGCACAUGUCCAAUGAACUGUCGCUUCUGCUCUCAGAGUUCCAAUCUGCUCUUAAUUGCACCAACGCUCGAAACCUUGGGAGCCUAGAGCAACUUUCACCUGUAUCUCAGGGUUUUGCUAUCUUUGGUGGCUGCCAGUGGCUGCCGUCAACCCCCCGUUCUUCACCACCCUGCCCACUGCAGGUGACGCCUGCUGUGCAGCUGGAGCCUGGUAAUUUCCAACCAACGUCGCAGGGCCCUCGGAGCAACAACCUGCUGCUGGACGCAACCUUUCAGUGUCACGCCGACGAGGCGAGCCUCGUCCCCAAGUGGUCUCUGCCUUGGACCCCAACGACCCAAAGGAAAAGUCCAGCCAUGUCCUCAAAGCCGCCUCCAUCCCCAUCCCACUCAAUACCUUCGCCUCCAUCGCAACCAUCGGAACGACGCGACGACGCGGACAGACACCAUGGCAGUCUCCUGGACCCAGAGACUGCGAUAGCCUUUGCCGAGGUGCUCAAUCAGUACAAUGCUCGAGCAGAUCCGGUUCUUGAUGUAGCUACUCCAACAUCUACAUCCGCACCCGCACCCGCACCCGCAUCGGCAUUGACACCUCGCCUGGCCGCGAGUCCGGCCCAAUUCCGCUCUUACACCAUUGCACCGUCCCCACCAGUGCCGCUUCCCGGGUUCGCCUCAUCGUCGCCCACUGCUUCAGCGCACCAGCCCUACGACGGCUCCGCCAGCAGCAUCACGCAGUCCCCCGAUCGAUUGGCCUAUCCCGGGUCAGGCUCUUUGAAUCCGCUACCCGAGCCCUCCGCCGCGUCUCCCGUAAAUCUGGAUACAAUCAGCAGGGCUGGGACGCCAGCCAGGCCCACGAGACGACCCGCGCUCUCCCUUCAACACAAGUCCUCGGCUCAGUCCCUGCGGCCCAUAUCUAGGACCCCGAGCCUCAGGACCGGCAACUUUGGUUCCGCCUCGGCCGCCAGCUCCACCGUACCCAGCCCUGUCAUUUCCGCCAUGGGCGACGUCACGCCCCUCCCCUCUCCUCUGCUAUCGACCGACUCGCCGGGGCCAUGGAAGCAAUUGGUGAGAUCGGGUUCGCGGGAGACACCGCUUGUCUCUUCGGGCUCAGAUUCUUCCUACGUCGAGGAGACGCCUCAGAAGAAGACAAAGAAGCCUUAUGCGGGCGUCACAUCCUGGCCUCAACAGCCGGAUGCCGUCAGGGGGAAGCAGGAUCGCGGACUCGUCCAGCCACCGACCCACACGAGGAACAGGAGUAUUAGCGAAUACAUUCCGGAUCCAAUGUUAAUACCCAAGCGCAUGUCCACUGUGUCCGGCCUCCGUGUCAAGGCAGCCGACCUGAGGAAUGCGACUGAUGGGCAUCUGCGCCGAGAGCCUCACUUGUCUGAGGCGAGGGGCUUGACGCCCAUCGAGAAGCCGCCAACGCCGCCGCCGAGUGAGGCUUCUUUAAGUGCAACAGAUCUAUCCUCUGUUAGUGCGUCUGGGUCCAGCGUCAUCGGCAAACAAUCAGGGGCAGAGUACUUUGAAGCGUACGGCCGGUAUGACAAGAAGCGCCGCCGCUGGCGGGCAAUCACGGUUCUGGGCCAGGGCACCUUCAGUCAGGUUGUUCUUGCCACGAGCCAGACUUCUCCAUCUUUGUCAGACGACGAGGGCUCCAGUUUGAGUAGCAGCCUACACAGCCCGAAUACAGACCCACGUCGUAAGCGACGGGCCCUGGUGGCCGUCAAGAUUUGUGAACAUGGCCCUCGAGGAGGCGCAUCCGAGGAUCGCAUCGAGAUGAGCCUAAAGCGGGAGCUCGAGAUUAUGCAGAGUAUCCGCCACCCGUCACUGGUAAAUCUCAAGGCCUGGAACAUCGAGCCCACGCGAGCCAUCCUGGUGCUCAGCUACUGCCCAGGCGGAGACCUGUUUGAGGUUGCUACCGGCCACCGCGAGGUGUUGACCCCUCACAUCGUGCGCCGCAUAUUUGCCGAGCUGGUCGGCGCAGUAACCUAUUUGCAUGACAUGAAGAUCGUCCACCGAGACAUCAAGCUCGAAAAUGUCCUCGUCAACCUUCCCCCGGCCGAGCUGCUAGCCUCGCGCGCAGCCGACUGGACAACGUACCCUUACUCGGUCGUGACCCUCACGGACCUGGGCCUCUCGCGCCGCAUCGCCGAGGACGAGAAGCUCGAGACGCGCUGUGGCUCGGACGACUACGCCGCGCCCGAGGUCAUCAUGGGCCAGCCCUACGACGGCCGCGCCACCGACGCCUGGUCACUCGGCGUGCUGCUCUACGCCCUGCUAGAAGCCCGUCUUCCGUUCGACCCGCCCCCCGGCGUGGGCGACCACGCCGUGCAGAUGCGCAUGCGCAGCCGCACUAGCCACCGCAUCGCCCGUGUGGAGUGGCGCUGGUUCGAGUACGGCGCCAGGGAAGGCGAGGACGGCGAAGGUGACCACGAGGCCGACCUGGCGAGGUUCGAGGCGAAGGGCCUGAUUGGGGCGAUGGAGGUGGUCGAGGGCUUGCUCAAGCGCGCGAGGAGCAGGUGGCCCUUGGCAAAGGUUGCUGCGACCGAGUGGGUUGCCAAGGGCAUCUGCGUGGGCGAGGGGGGGAUUAAGUUCAGGGAGGAGGAGGAAGGGGAGGAGGUAUCAUGAUUCAUGGCCUCCCAUGACGAAAAGGCCAUGAUAGCGUCGCGGCUGCUGUUAAUGGCUGCCGGAGUGGUUGAGACGCGGUGUGGCAUUUUACGA